AUGCGAGACAGCGGGUUCGUCGAGCCGAGCGCCCACGGCGAAGAGGAGGACACCAUGGGGCAACUGCGCAGUUUCGACAUGAACAAGGGCAAGUUUAAGCGCAAUCUCGUCGACAAAGGCUUCCAAAAUCGCCCGCCCCCAGUGGCGCCGAAUUUGCUGGCGAGGCGAACCGAAUCCCGACGCGCCACCUGCCCCGAGAUUUGGCUUUUCCCCGAGACGUCCAAGCCGGUGAAGCGCGUGGUUUUAAGGGUAUACGGUAACUCGUGUGUGGGGAAGAAGACGCUGUGCCAGCAAAUUCACCACCACGCUGCAAAGGCAACGCCGGAGUCCGUCAAUAUACUAUCCGCCGAAACGGAAGAAAGCGGAAAGUCGCGUACGAUCAAUUUUCUGCUCAACGGCGAGGAGGUGCAGCUGGAAAUCCUGCUCGAAUCGGCGCUGGAGACAUCCCCAUUCUCGCCGCACGUCACGAUGUUUAUGGUCGUCUACUCGGUGACGUCGCGGGAGAGCUUCCAAACGGCCGCUGAUCUACUGUAUCGAAUAUUUCAGCACCGAAAGACAACGGCCGUACCCGUGUUGCUGGUGGGAAAUAAAGUGGAUCUGAAGCGGAAGCAGGCCGUUAGUGCUAUGGAGGGCAAAACUCUGGCGAAAAUCUAUAAAUGUACCUUCCUCGAGCUGUCCGCACUAAUGGCGAUGAAUGUAGACACGAUGUGGAAGGACCUGUUGACACAGAUCGGCGGUAACGACGGCAGAAGCAUUCUGGAGCGACUUGUCGACCGUGGCAAGAGCAUCGCGCGCAGUUGUGAAGAAAUAGUGCAGAGAAUGAGGAGGGGCGAGGGAUUAGGAGAGGUGAAAGAAGCUAGAGAAUCGCUUGGGGAGCAGGGGCUGGAUGAGGAAGAGGAGGAGCAAGAGGGACAAGAGGAUGAGGAGCAAGAGUCG